AGUUCACAAAUUGGCGCUAACGUAUUGACUCAAACAGCUGUCUAUGUGUUUGUAGCGCCUUGUGUUUGGUAAGCGGAACAGCAUCAAGUCGUCGCAUGUCUUUGCAUAAUUUUCAUUAUCAAAUGGAGUUUGCAUGGUGCUGGUUGCAUGGUGUAUUGAACGAUCCAUAUUACAUACACGAAAUUUGUUUGAAAACCGAAAAUUCUAUAGAAAUCAAUUACUACGACAACAGUUAUUUUUUUCUGAGUGUAAUAGAAAUAUUGUGAAUUUUGCAUUUUGAUACGACAAAAAAAUAGUGAAAAACUGAUCGAAAAAAGAGCCAAAUUGUGACCGUGAUAACAAGUGCAUGCAAUCGGAUUAAACUAUUGUGAAAUAGCGAUUUGUUAGCAUAAUGGAGGAUAUGAAGGAAAAUCUCGAUCAGAUUCUGCUCAUGUACGAGGUCGGCAUUGAGAGUGAGAUUGAAAAAACGGUUGCGGCUUUCGAGGCAACGACACCGCCAAUGAAUCCAGCAUUUGCUUCGUGUUUUUUUGAAGUACUCAAAAAUCGAAUGAAUGAAACGUUGCGAAAGGCCCAACUGGUUUAUUUAGCAUCGCUGAAUGCUGCGGCCGACAAUGCAAAUGAAACUAGUCCAGACGAUUCAAGUGACGUUCUUCUCAUCAGUGUUACAACCAAUGAUUCAAACACCAGUUCGACGGAUGCAUCAGUCAAAGAAGAAACACCGGUUGUUGAGGUAGCUUCAGCCGUUGAAAAGACACAAACAGUGGAAGAAAGCAUCGAAGCGGCUAUAGCGGAAAUUCUAAGCAACGCUAAUGAAGAAAUGCCCAACAACACAAAUGAACGAGCUGAUGAUAUUGAAACGGUCGAAAAUGGACAUACUGACGACACUGAAAAGGUAGAAAAUGGACAUACUGACACCGUUGAAAAGGUCAUAAAUGAACAAAGUAAUGCCGUUGAAAAGGUGACAAAUGAACAAACUGACGAGAUAGCCUCAAGUUCAGUAAAUAUGGAUGAAUCCAAAAAUCGUGAUGAAUCUCCAGAGAGCAAUCAGGUUGUGACUCCAGAAAGUCCAUUAGCUACACCUGAAAAUGAACACAGUACCGAACCAGCUUUAAAAAGCGAAACCAAUUUGCCUGAAGAAGAGACAAUCAGCAAUUGCUCGCAGGUGGACAGUUCCACUAGUUCGGAAGAAGUACCGUUUUUGGGAUUCGAAGCUUCUGCUCCGAUGCAAUGCGAGCUGAAUUUACUAAAGCGUAAAGAAGCCGAAGCAUUGGAAGUAGGUGAUGGGAGGAGCAAAAAGCGGAAGAUAUCACGAGAAAUGGAAGAAAGUAGAGAACGGGAUGGAAAAGAAGACGGACACGAAGGCGAAGAGGAAGAAGGUGGUAACGAUGGAGGAAAAGAAUGUGAAAAUGAGGGUGGAAAAGAAGUCAAAAUGGAGGAAGAUAUCGAUCAACAGGUAACAAACGACUCGCGUCCAGAAGACGGUGUGCCUGAAUGCGAUCAAUUGGAUCGAGUAUGCGACACUUCAGUUCAAAGUAUUCAAUCCCAGUUUGUUCUUUAUCAAAACGAUACCAUACCCAGUGUCUAUAUUGAUAAUGGCACACCCAAAAACUACAACACCGAGCAACCAGUUGACACAUCGAAUGUGUUCGUAUCGCGUCUGUCACCACAUAUGGUUCCGCGAAUGUUACGCCGAAGUGAUUGCUCGAUAUGCAAAGAUGGAUUGAUCAAUGCGUUUUGUUUCUUAUGUGAAAAGAAUUUAACCUCAAUGACCUAUGACAGUUGGAAAGAGCAUGUGCUGAAGCAUACCAACGAAAUGCAAUUCUAUUGCACGGAAUGUCGAACGCCACAAUCGGCCAAAGAGGCGCAUGGAAAUUGUCCUGUGAACAAAGUCACCGAUAUUUUCGACACUGACAGCUGUAGCCGUGUUGUAAAAGCGCAUAUGUGCAAAUGGUGUAAUUACAUUCAAGUGCACAAGUCAAGGAUGACGGCACAUUUUAUGGAGCAUCAACACAACGCUCUCGAUCCCAACUUCAAUCGAAAUAUUCUAAGUGUAACUCUUCUGCCGGAUCUUGAAGCGUUGACCUGGUCCAUUGAACCGUUCGCCUUUGUGGCGGAACAAAAUCGAUUUGUUUGCAGCAUCGAAAAUUGCAGCGGUGAAUAUGUCAAUGGGAAUGAAUUCAAAAGGCACUUUCAGCAAUAUCACAGCACCCAUACAUCGUUCAUGUGUCCACAUUGCGAUAAAAUGAUUGAAAAAAAGAAUCGACAGCUCAUCACCAAUAUUUGCAAUCAUUUCCAAUUGCACGGCGGACAUUUGUACAAGUGCUGUUUGUGCGAAAUGGUGACUGGAUACGAAUAUGACAUGCUGCAACACAUGGCCCGCUUUCACUAUGGCGAGAAGGCACGCAUUCUCUAUCCGUACAGCGGUCAUGUCCAACUACAAGGCGCUAAGCUAACGUAUCGGUAUAUCAAGAAACACGGACAAGGCGAGAUCGAGAAGCAAGAGUGCACCAUUUGGUUUCAGUGUAAUGUGUGUGAUGCACGUUUUGAACAUUCCAACGAAGCAAACGAUCACUUUAUUAAGGCACAUAAAUCGUAUUACCUCGAUUUUGAGGUCGUUAAAAUGGUAAAGAGGACCAUCGUUGAUGGUGUGACAAGCUGCUUUACGCCGGUUGAAAAGAAGAAGUUUGUAUUACGACGAUCGUUGAACUGUAAACUAUGCAAUCAAAUGCCGAAAACAAGGAGCGCUCUAAUCGAGCACUUCAAUCGAGAUCAUCCGAUGCAUGAAAUUGCCGUGAAACUCGGCCACGCAUACAUGCAUGAUGUCAGCCGGAUUCAUAAUUACAAGGAAUUCUCCGUACAAAAUUUGACUUUUGACACAAACAUUGUGUACUAUUGUGCCACUUGUCGUGAUGCUAACCAGUCGGCCAGCGUAGCUUUCAUGAGUGUCAACGAUGUUCAUGCUCACUGGUUUUUGACACAUGCAAAUACACCAGCCGUUAGGCCAUUCCAAUUUUAUGCCAUCGAAUUUGUGUCAUGCUUCUACUGUGAUCUCAUUGCAUCGUUCUAUGAAGUGAAGCGCCAUCACGACGAAGUUCAUUCACAGAAACCACUCAUCAUUACCAGCGUUUUAGACAACAAAAAAUGCGCACUUUGCGAUUAUACCGGCCAUGAUCUGGCAGAUCACAUGAAAAUCGAACAUGAACUCGUGUUGCGAAGCAUCGACAACAAUCCAAAUCGAUUCACCGAUGAAACAUUGAACAAACUCCUCGCCAUCGACAUACACAAGAAACACAAGUGCGCAUACUGUGUGAAGGUGUGCGAAACAUUAGGCGAAAUUAAGAGCCACAUUAUCCACGAUCAUCGAAUGCAAAUCAAGUACGAAACGUUCUUCGAUAGUCACAGCGUGAAAAUCGUCGCCGGAUGUUGUCAGUCGAUCAUUGAUUUGCAUGAAUUUUUAAACCAUUUGGCCGAUCCAAACCACACAUUCCCCAGCACGUGUGGAAAAUGCAACUUCAGAACCAACGAAAUGCUUGACUUUGUUGAUCAUCAAGUGAACGUACAUCAAAUUACAAAGGAUGCCGAUUCGCUGUAUCGCCGCCUGCUUCAAACACGUUUCUGGAAAACUUCGGUCAUCUUCGGAAAUGGAUUCAUGUGUAACAAACACAAUCUUCUCGGAACCGAAUUUGACGACAGCAAACCAUUCGCUGAGCUCGUCGAACAAAUGCUGAAUAUUUCAAGGCAACGGAUUAACGCAAGAGAACUGCAUGACGAAUAUGACGAAUAAACGUAGACUUACGUUAAAUUUUGUUUUUUUUGUAACCAUUUCUUUCUAGUUUUUAGUGUUUUUUUUGCACUCUUUCAACAUUCAAGUAAUGUACAUUUGAUUAGUUUAAUCGACACAUGAAUUGUGAAAACUAAAAUUUCGAUACACAUAAACUGAUUCCGAUUGUAAAAUCGAAGAAAAAACAAUGUUUGUAACAUUGAAAAUCGACUCAAACCGAACAAUAGUCCUCAAAAGGAUGAUUUAGAAAAUAUUUCAUAAUUUAAAAAAAAAAUGUUUUUCAAACAAUUAUUCCUAAGAAGACCGAUUUUGAGAGCGAAACAGAAAGCGCCAUUGGAGCUUCAGAAAUACAGAAGAAAAACAGUAAAAAAUAAGCAUGACAAAUAAGGAUUUCUUCGGAAAUUUAUUACCGUUAAUGAAAAA